AUGGGUUUCCUAGUCGAUGAUGCUGGUGAAGGAUUGAUGAAUCAAGUUCCAUAUCGACAUAUUGAAUUAAUUGAUAAACGUAAUAUUACUUCAAAUUUGGAUAACUUGAUACACUCAAUUUCAAGUUUUAUAAAUGAAACAAUUUUACAUGCUCCGAAUCGUAUAAGAAGUAAUAAUUUUAAUUAUGCUUUUGCUUCUCAGUCAGCAGCAACAAGUAAUCCUAAUAUAUUUUUAGUUCAGCAAGCAUCAACACCAGCAGCUACUCAUGUUGAUGCACAAACUACGUCAACAAAUGAACCGUCACCAUAUGUUCCUACUGAUGAUAACUUUAUAUUUGAUCUGCAUUCAUCAACAGCGACUAGUCCUGUCGGGAUGCUGAUCAUACCUCCGCCACCAAAAAUCGCAGUUGCCAAUGAUGCUGCUAAAUCUACUGGCCAACCCAUUUGGCGUUAUGUCUAUAAUGCUUACUUCCCCAAUCAACAACCUCUUCCCGGUCUUCGAGCCUACCACUCGUCAGAAAUAUUCGAGAUCUUUGGAACAUAUAAUCAACAUGGCGCAACACAACAGCAAAUUCAACUAUCGAAUUUUAUGCAAACAGCAUGGGCAAAUUUUGCUAAAAAUCCAAGUGGAGGACCUGGAUGGAAUUCUAUUUCCUCAGGCACUUUGGGAGAAUUAGGUGCAAAUGAGGCGGCUAAUUGUGUAACAGGUAAUACUUUUAAUUAUGCUUUUGCUUCUCAGUUAGCAGUAGCAAUUAAUUCUAAUUUAUUUUUAGGUCAACAAAGACAAGCAACAGCAUCGAAUCAAGUUAAUCACGAUGCAGAAACGGCGUUAACAAAUGUAGCAUCACCAUAUAAUUAUAUUCCUGAAAAUUUUAUUUUGAAUAUGGAAUCUACAACAGCGAUAAGUCCUAUUGGAAUGCUAGUCACACCUCCACCACCAACAAUAUAA